AUGAACCAGCUGCAGGCUUUGCUGAAUGACAGUCUUAUCAGAACAAAGCAUGUGGAAAAAGCAGCUAUCAUCAACAUAAAGGAAAGACAAGUCUGUGCAUCAAUCUUUGGAUUUAAUGUACUGCCAAAGAAUGCUUUAGACCUUAUCUAUGCUUUCUGCAAGAACUUAUUGAAAGUUAGAAGGGGAGGACUCUGCUUCAAGAAGCAUUAUAAAUGUGUCCAUGUGGAUAAGCAUUCCAUCUGUCUUCAAAAUCCAGAUGGCGGACUGAUAGUUGUGAAGACAAAGACUUUCAUCCUGGUUGCUACUUACAAAGCGGGCAUGUGUCUCAGUGUGUACGUGGAAGCUGUGGAGAAACUAGCAGACUACUUUAGAGAGAAAGGUAGCUGAAUGUGCAGAAAACCUGAACGUCAUUAAGCUCCAAAGGACUGCUCACAAGGUGGUAAAGUAUAGAAGCUUGAAGCAUUAUCC